AUGCCCUAUUUUGUUGGAGUUGACGUGGGCACGACGAGUGUCCGAGCUGGGAUUUUCGAUCAAAAUGGGUCUCUUUUUGCGCAAGCAACUCAACAGAUUCAGCUCUUCUACCCUCAGUCAAAAUACAUCGAACAGUCUUCUGAAGAGAUUUGGUCAGCCGUUUGUACAUCAGUGCUAAAGGCUAUUGAAAAUAGUGAAGUUCGAAAAGAAGAUGUAUUGGGAAUCGGCUUUGAUGCAACGUGUUCCCUCGUGAUUCUCUCGAAAGAUGAAACUCCGUUACCCGCUUCUGUAAAUGGUGAUCCAUCUCACAAUGUAAUCCUUUGGAUGGAUCAUCGAGCCGAGAAAGAAACCGAUCGAAUCAAUCAGACAAAAAGUCGAGUUCUCGAUUUUGUCGGCGGGAAAAUCUCCCCAGAAAUGGAAAUCCCAAAACUCUUGUGGCUCAAAGAAAAUAAUGAAGAGACUUGGAAAAAAGCUGGAGUUUUCUUUGAUUUACCUGAUUUUCUGACAUGGAAAGCCACUGGAUCAACGAAGCGAUCGAUCUGUUCGACAACUUGCAAAUGGACGUAUUUGAGCAAAGAGGAGAAAUGGGAUUCCGAAUUUUUCCGUGAGAUUGGAUUAGAGGAGGUUGUUAGUGAUGGGUUUGAAAAGAUUGGAAACGAAAUUCGAAACUUGGGAGAAGCUGUGGGAGAGUUGACAGAAAAAGGCGCUGAAGAGUUGGGUUUAAUGAGGGGAAUCAAAGUGAGCGUUUCGAUCAUUGAUGCACAUGCGGGAACAAUUGGAACAAUUGGAGCACGGGGAAAUGAUAUCGAAAAAAUUAACUUCGAUUCGAGGAUUUCACUAAUUUGUGGAACUUCCGAUUGUGUAAUGGCUUUAUCUCCGAUGGCUCGAUUCAUUCCAGGUGUUUGGGGACCGUACUUCUCAGCCGUGUUACCCAAUUUGUGGUUGAAUGAAGGCGGGCAAUCGGCCACUGGAGCUUUAUUAGAUCAUUUAUUCUCAACAAAUCCUGAUUUUGAAAAUCUCAAAGCGAAAGCUGAAGAAGAAAAUCUUCAUUUCAUUGACUAUCUGAAUCAAUUGCUAUUCAGCUUGAGAAAUGCGAGUUCUGAGUGCCAUUUACUUGCAAAAGAUCUCCACAUUCUGCCGUAUUUUCAUGGAAAUCGCUCUCCAAGAGCUGAUCCGAGUCUGAGAGGAUCGAUUGUUGGCUUAAAUCUGACAAAAUCGACGGAAGAUUUGUUGAAAUUAUACCUAGCAACUGUGCAAUCAAUAGCUUUAGGACAUCGACAUAUUAUUGAAGAAAUGAACCGAAAUGGAUACUCGAUUAAAGAGAUUAUUGUUACGGGUGGUGGAGCGAAGAACGCUCUCUAUCUACAAGAAAUAGCGAAUGCGACAAAAUGUGUGGUUCUUCUUUGUGAAAAUUCGGAAGCGAUGAUUUUAGGAUCGGCGAUUUUAGCAUCAGUUGCUGCAAAUUUCUGCACAAAUCUUGAAAUGGCGAUGAAAAAGAUGACAAAAAUCUCGAAAACAAUUCAACCAAAUGAGAAACUCGAAAGUUUUUAUGAUAAAAAGUUCGCCGUCUUUUUGGAGAUGUACGAAGAUCAGAAGAAAUAUCGAGAAAUCAUCGAGAAA